AUGAAAGUUCUCGUCUCUUUUCUCCUGUUGCUGGCAUUAAUGCUGAUGUCCAUGGUCUCUAGCAACCCAAAUCCAGGGGUCGCCAGAGGACACAGGGACAAACGCCAGGCUUCUGGGAGGUGGCUCCAGGAAGGUGGCCAAGAAUGUGAGUGCAAAGAUUGGUUCCUGAGAGCUCCUAAAAGAAAACUCAUGGCAGUGCCUAGGCUUCCAAAGAAGCAGUGUCCCUGUGACCAUUUGAAGGGCAAUGUGAAAAAAAACAAUCGCCAAAGGCACCACAGGAAGCCAAACAAGCACUACAGAGCCUGCCAGCAAUUUAUCAAACGCUGUCAGCUAGCAAGCUUAACUCUGCCUCUAUAG